AAGAGGGGCGCUGCUUUGUCAGCUCAUCCUGCCCCCCUCUUUUUAAUUUUUUUUAUUUUUUUGCACGGCUUAUAUAUACCGUAUCUCCGCCUUUUUGGGGGGAGUUUCAAGAGCUAGAGCCUUCGGGACCAAAGAUGGGGCUGCAAUCUGCAAUCUAUUGGAUUAAAGCUUGAAAGAGAUCCAUAUGGAAGGUUGUGGCCAGCUAAAGUGGGCUCCGUGGGUGUCGUCGGAUCCCGAAGCGCCCCGAGAUGCAGGUUACUCUCCGGGCAACGGCCUUCAAGCACCACAGGCUUCAGCAAAGAUCGGCGAGGAUGCCGACCCGGAUCCUCCGCAUCGGACGGCGCCUGCCAGGAGUGGUCAAGCAGACCCCUGCCCACCGGACCGGUCAGUGUCCGGUUCCUCCACUUGCUCCUCACUCGCGGGGUCGUCACAGGAGUCGGACGAGGUCUUCAGCGACACGGAGAAGAACCCGGCGGAGAAGAGGCGGCUGCUGCGGAAGACCAAAUCCUGGAAGACUUUCUUCACCAUGGUGCAUUGGUCUGUGCGGAGGCGCAGCUCCUGGGUGCAGCUGGCUGGACACGAAGGGAAUUUCAAGCCCAGCGAGAGAGGGCAGAUCCUGAAGAAGUUCAGCCCGGUGGAGGACGCCUGCCUGGCCGAACUGAUGACCGACGUCCUGCACCCCUUUGUGCCGGCCUACCACGGGGUGGUGGAGGUGGCCGGCGAGCGAUACAUCCAGAUGGACGACCUGCUGAGCGGCCUCGACAUGCCCAGCAUCAUGGACUGCAAAAUGGGCACAAGGACAUACCUGGAGGAGGAGCUCUGCAAAGGGCAGCAGCGGCCGCGGCGGGACUUGUACCAGAAGAUGGUGAAGGUUGACCCCUUGGCCCCGUCGCCCGAAGAACGCAGCCAAGGGGCCGUCACCAAGCCCCGCUACAUGCAAUGGCGAGAAGGGAUCAGCUCCAGCGCCACCCUCGGCUUCCGCAUCGAGGGCAUCACGAUUGAGGGGGGCGCAGUACAGAGGGAUUUCAAGCAGACCCGGACCGAGGACGAAAUCAUGGAGGUCUUCUUGACGUUCACCAAGAGACGCCUGGAUGUUCUGAGCAUUUACUUGUCCCGCCUGGAAGACAUGCGCAAAGCCCUGGAGGAGUCCGUCUUCUUCAAGACCCACGAGGUGAUUGGCAGCUCCUUACUGUUCCUCCACGACCGCAAGGGCCACGCCAGCGUCUGGAUGAUCGAUUUCGGGAAGACGCUGCCCGCCGCCGUCGAGGGGCGCCGCCUCCGCCACGACGUGGUCUGGACCCACGGCAGCCACGAGGACGGCUACCUCAUCGGCCUGCGCAACCUCACCGGCACCGUGCGGGGCGCCCGGGAAAAGGCCGCUGACGGGCAACGGCCGGUGCCCGACCAGCCGUGAUUUUCCAAAUGCACAAAAGAAUGGGAGAGGCCGACGGAGACGUCGGAAUGGUCUCCGAUUAUUGUGGCGUUUGUUGGGUUUUCCUUUGAAGGUUUUGGGAAGAUGCCAGCGGUGGCUUGGGUCAACAACGGUGGCCAAACUAUACAGUUGGCGGCUUCUUCCGUCCAGGAAGACACAACAUAUAGAGUCCUAAAGUUGGAAGGGACCCCAAGCACAAUCCGAUCCAUCCCGACAGAUGGCCAUCCAGCCUGUUGAAAAGCUAAUUCCAAUGGACUCAGAGAGAGAAUCAUGGAAUAAGAAUAUAAGAAUAAAGUAUUAAGGCCAUCUAGAUCUGCCUCAAUGACCUGGCAUGGAAGACUAGAGAACCAGAUCCACUUGUGAAGGGCUAAUAAAAUCCGUCCCAUCAAAAGA